CGGAGCAUGGAGCGGGCAGCGCCCUGAGUCCCUUCCCCGGCGGCAGGCGGCAGCAUGAGCUUCUCGCGGCCCCUGCGGCGCUCCGUGAGCCUGAGCCAAGCCCGGACCCUGCGGCUGGUGGUGCUGGGACAGGGCGCCGUGGGCAAAACAGCUCUCACUGUGAGAUUCAUCACCAAGAGAUUCAUUGGGGAUUAUGACCCUACUCUAGAAAUGAUUUAUAGACACACGGCUGUCAUCGAUGGGGAGAUGGUGCACUUUGAGAUUCUCGACACAGCAGGACAGGAGGAAGACUCCUUGCAGAUCGAGGAGAAGAUCAAGUGGGGCGACGGCUUUGCCGUGGUGUACUCUGUGACCGACCGGUGCAGCUUCGACGAGGUCAUGAGGCUGUGCUUCCUCAUCAACCACAUCCACUCGAGCCCCAAGCGGAGCUGUGGGAGUGACCAGCCGCCCGUGGUGAUUGUUGGCAACAAGAAGGACCUGCAGUUUGACCGGAUGGUGUCUUGUGAGGAUGGUGAGAACCUCUCCAAAGCCCUGAAGCAUCCUUUCUACGAGAUCUCCACCAGGGACAGCUACGACGAGACCGUGGUGGUGUUCAACACCCUGUAUAAUGAGCUGAUGAGACAGGGGCACUUCUCCCCGGGCUCCUUCAAGAGGAGGGCCGUGUCUAAGCUGAUGGAAAAGAUUCCAAAGAUGCAUGCCAACUCCACCCUGAACUCUGGUGGCCGGAGCCUCAGCUUCAACUCCUUCAGGGACUACAUACCGGAGUGAGCCCCCACAUGGGCAGGGUGUGGGAGAGAACAGUGCCCCGGAGCAGCCCGGAUUGGCAAUGGACAGGCUGCAGGCUGCUCACCUUCCCAGUCUAGAGAGCGCUGUAUGUUGCAAGGGUGGGUCCUUUCAGGCAUCUGAAUUCCAGGAAGGUCACAGUGCAGAUCUGUGCUGGCUUCCUACAGGGAAUUAGCAAGAGGUGUGUGGCUCAGUGGGGUUGGUGCAUCAGCCAUUCACCUGUAAAGCCCAGGGGUUUACUUCCUUGCUUAGAUUCAGCAGUGAAAACUCAUUUGGGAGGGUCUCCCUCCUCCUCCCCAUCCCCAUUCUGUGAACAUCACAAACUGCCACUGAAUUUAACACAAUUGGCAGGCUCUGCUCAGGAGAGGUUUGGGGGCACUGCAGGCUAGGACUGAGGUGCAGACUUGUGUGGGCGCCCAGACCAUGGUUACCAGGGUCUGCUAUAGGGCAAAAUCGAGAUGCAUUGGUAGAAUUGGCAGGAAGCUUGCACAGCACAUGCUGUCAUUCUG